AUGGCCAACAGCAUGACCACCCCCGUCCUUACAUACGAGAAUAUCCCGUGGAAUCAUGCCACUGUGCGGGCCAGUUUUGAGGAAGUUCGCGUCCAAGAUUACCUUCUAUCUUAUUCGACGACUGGACGACCGCCCGCGCCGUGUCCCCAGGAGCCGAAAGACGAAGCAGCGCGCGCAGCUAUGGGCCUGCCGCCACUGUUCAAACCGUACAGGGUCGAGAGAGGCUCGGAGGAAGAGGAGGAGAAUGUCAGCGAAGCACCACAUCCGCAGGUGUUGACGCCUGUGGUAAAUGAUGGAGAGACGUACUACAGUUUGACGAUGCAGAAGAAGUACGCGAAGUGGUCGUUUGAGGUUCGUCUCCCAGUUGCCACCCAUUCACCCCUUCGCGAACUCGAACCCGAGCUGAGAGUGCAAGCAUGCUUGAAGGGGAGUGGGCAUUUAUAUAUUCCACCAACGACUUCGGCGACACCAACGCCACCGGUAUGCGCCACACCUAUGGCGCCGCUGGUUCGCUCUCAGUCCGCCAUUGGCAGCGUCGCAUCGCCGAAGCCUGUCAUUGACCCGAGAGAGAGAUACGAGAACAUCUCCACAUGGCCGGGGUACGAGGAACAUAGCCCUGAGGAACACCGUAUUUCCUUCAUGCUUUCCGGGAAAGAGAUGAAAUCAAAUGAGAUCGAACAGAUACAGGGCGGAAGGGCUUCGGUUGUUGCUCCUCCCCCAGUUGUGGGGAGUGGGAGUGGAAAUUGGCUACACCAGCGGUCAAGUUUGCCUUUGCCAACGCAGCCAGCUGGUAUGACGACCGGCCCAUCUUACUUGCAGUCAUCGAGGCGCAUAUGGUGA